GUCGUUGUGUGCCAGAUUCUCCUCUGCCUAAUUUUCUUUGGUUAGUGCAGCGUCAAUAAUACAUAAACUACCCAAAUAAAAUGCGGCUAUUUAAAAUCUGCUCGUCGACAAUGUGAGAGUGACGAUCUUUCCUCGGGCCGUGAGUACAUUGUGAUGUAAGAGGCCAUUCUUCCGUAAUCAUGACAGCCAUCUUUCUGUUUGUAAUUUUGCUUCAAACCUGGAGCAGUACAAGUCAACUAUGUCCUCAAUAUUGUUCAUGCAAACCAGUUGGUGCUCAAGCUGAAUGGCUGCGUCUUAAAUGUGGUGAUCGUUUACAAGAAAUCAAGGAUGUGGAUAUAGAUAGAGUUAGCGUAGAACUUAUACAAUUAGAUUUGAGCAAAAAUGCCAUUUAUAUCAUUCAACCAGAUACAUUUGUGAACCUAACAAAUCUUAAAAGACUUGAUUUGUCCAAAAACAAAAUUAGCUUUGUAGGCGAGGGUUGUUUCAAUGGCCUUGAAAAUUUGGAAAGACUAGAUUUAAGUCAGAACCAGAUAUCAGCUAUAGACAGUUAUGCAUUCAAAAAAUUGUCAAACCUCAAACGUCUCGAUUUGUCUGGAAAUAAAAUAACAGCUCUGGCGCCAUCCUUAUUUCAUGAUUUGCUGGCCUUAGAUCGCUUGAAACUAAGUGGAAACAGUUUAACCACCUUAAUAGAAGGAACAUUCCAUGGACUUAGAAUGUUAAAGCAGCUGGACCUGUCUAAUAAUCCUUGGAAAUGCAAUUGCGACCUAUAUUGGUUUAGUAAUUGGAUCUAUAAUUCUUCGAUUAAAUUAAAUCCGCCGCCAAAGUGCGUGUCGCCGGAGUAUGCUGCAGGACAGCCGCUGAAGAAGAUAAAAUUCUUGGAGGAAUUGCAGUGUCAGUGGAUAUCACCGGCGGUCGAAAUUCGACCGGUUCAGAAUCAGGUAGUUUUCGCCGGUGAUUCGAUUACUUUGAAAUGCAGGGCGCCCAGCAUUACGAUAGACAAGAGCGCCAGGCUGAACUGGCUGUGGUAUCCUAACGCAUCCGCUGAGAUCAUGGAUCUGAGUGCUUACAAGGAUCCGCGAACGAAUUUGCCUAAUAUCAAGGUGGACAACAGAUAUCUUUCGGACAGCGGCAUCGUAGACAGCGCCCUCAGUAUAGUCCCGGUCAAAGAGGAGCAUAACGGACAAUGGAAUUGCUUAUUGGUUUCCGUGAACGGUAACAAGUCGAAAGCAGUCAGCGUGAUUGUCAUAUCCGAGCAUACCCGAUAUUGUCCUCUAGCGGUGACUAAGAACAACAAAGGUGUCUAUACGUGGCCGAAAACAAUAGUGGGAUGGAAAGCGGAAUUACCGUGCGAAGGGAAUCGUCUGUCAGGCCUGAUGCAAGCGCCGUUGAAAGCUUCUUAUCAUUGCAACGUGAGUGGCCAAUGGGAAUUCCUUAACACAGAGUCGUGCCCAUACAUAUCUCACACAACGAAGAUCCUCGAGCAAUUCUCGAAGGUGAAUCUGUCCCUGACGAAGGGAAGUCUGCUGGAGACGGCAAAGAGGUUCAAGAACUACACGGGGAACGGCUCGGUGAAGCUGACGGACCCGGUCGAGAUCAAUUUCAUCGUACGAACGAUCGAGAACUACUUGAGCUUCUUGGUGGAUGAAAAGGAACUUGGCGCGAUGUUGGUCGACAUCAUCAGCUCAAUGAUGAGACUGUCGAAGGAGAUGCUGAGGCGGGCCGAGGUGAAUUUCAAAGCCUGCACGAGGCUGAUCAGAGCGAUCGAGCGCAUAACGGAAUUCACGCCGUCCAUACAGUCCCACAAGAAGCACAUGGCGCUCGAGGAGUUCCGUGUGAAGCGCGACAGCUUCGGCGGCUUGACGUGCACAUGGUACGCAAACGUUGCAGAUACCGCGGACUCGGACGCGAGAUUUCUGCAUUGCACGACGAUCAACCGAACGACGCCGAUCAGCGCCAAGGACAAGACGAUAGAGGCCUCUAUCCAACUUCCUGCUUCGUUGCUACAACAUUCGCUGGACGCUGCGGUGGCUUAUCAGCUCAUGAUAGUCAUGUACAGCGACAGCAGACUCUUUCCCAAGACAGUCGUCAACGACAGCAUGGACAUAUCGACGUGCAUCAUCGGUAGUAAACUGAUUGGAACGUCGAUACGAAACCUCUCGGAGCCGGUUUACGUGAUGCUAAAGGCGCCACUGUAUCAUUACAACGGGAAAAGACCGAAACCGGUGGUGUGGGACGAGACGUUGAACAACGUGGGCGGUUGGACCAGCGACGGGUGUCACCUGACGAACUUGUUGAACAAUCUGAUAGUCUUCCAAUGCGACCGAUUGGGGUAUUACGGGCUCUUGCAGGAAGUCUCACAUAUUGACAUGGACGGUAACAGCAUGCACGGGGCGAAGUUCAGAUAUUCGCAUCCGGCGAUAUACGUCGGCAGUUUCGUCACGAUAACGUGCCUGAUGAUCAUGUCCGUGACGUACAUCAUCUCCUACACGUCCAUCACGAUGCCCAAGAAGGCGAAGCAUUCGGUCAUCAACACCUGGUUCGCCAUGGCGCUGUUGUCCUUCUUGUAUAGCAUCGGCAUCCAACAGACAGAGCAUAUCGAGAUCUGCCAGGGCGUUGGCCUUGCUCUGCAUUACUUAUCUCUGUGUUGUUUGUUAUGGAUGGCUGUGUCCGCCAGCAAUAUGUAUAAGAAAUUGGCGAAACCCGGCCUCGACGUGAUACCGGACGACGAACUUCCGGACCAGCCCAUACCGAAGCCACUGUUGGGGCUGUACCUGGUCGGCUGGGGCGUCGCCUUGAUCAUCUGCGGGAUAUCCGGCGCGAUAAACCUGCGCGAGUACGCCGGCUACUCGCACUGUUUCCUCACGUCUGCGGCGGCGCUAGCCGCGCUCUUCAUACCAUCCGGGAUCCUGAUCGCCUACUUGCUGAUCUUCCUGCUGCUCAUCAGACGCGCCAUACAGAACGUCGACACGAACGCGCAGUUAUCCGAGGGCACUCAGGCUACGGAGAACAUGGACCUGGAGUUGCUGGAGCCGAACGUGAACCCGUCCGGCGAUCGUAACAGCGUGCACAGCACGCAGACGGUCUCGUCUGACAUGGAGGACCCGGAGCACUCGCAGUUUACCCAGUGGAAGGGUCAGAUUGUCAUGCUGAUAUUGUACUUGCUAUGCUGGACCGACGCAGCCGCGGUCACGGUCAAGCCGUUCGACUCGUACGUGCCGUUCGCAGAGACCGUGUUCGCCGUGCUGUACGCGAUAACCGCGAGCUCGCUCGGCGUGUUCGUGCUAUUCUUCUACGGGCUCGCGCGCAAUGACGUGCGCAGCCAGUGGCUGCGAAUGCGCUGCUGGCUGGAGAAACGAAAGAACCGCUGCUGCCGCACGAGGAGCGUGUGUGACGCGAACGCGGCGAUGCCGAACCAGCCGCUGGUGCAGAACUUCGUGCAGUCGUCGGCGUUGAACUCGAACUCGCAAGCCACCCAGCCGAUAUCUGACUCGAACUCUAUCGCCUCGUCGAGAAACACUAACAGGUCGCGGAUCUACAAUGGGGCGAACUCGAAGCUCGCGGAUCUGGCGGUGGUGAGCCGCGACGCUGUGGCCGCGGCCACGGCGAACGCGAAGACGGCGCCGGGGAACGUGAACCUGGUGGUGCUGCAUCGUCAACAAUACCGCUCCAACAACUCCGUCACUACGUACACUGAGCCGACUUCCGCCUGCGUUGAGAUGUUCUACAACCCGCAUCAGAGCGGCGUUGCUCGCAAGUUCUUCAAGAAGCAGCGCAGGCAUACGAAGAAGAACAACCUCGGGCCGCGAAAGCAAGGUGACGGCGGAGCCACCAGCGACGGCGGUAGCUGCGUUUCCGUGCCGCGGCCCACCGUGAAGAUCAACAACAGUCUGGAGCGCAGCAUCCUCAGCAGCAGCGCUAAGGUCAACAACACCAACAUACACGUCGAGCUGAACCCCAUCAACGACAUCAAGAACGUGAACAUAUUGUCGGACAGCGGCGGUAGCGUGUCCGAGGAGAGAAACAUCCCGAUACGCUUCGUCAUUGGCCAGGAGAACCUGAUGCGCAGCGUCAAGAAGAUCAACAACGACAGCGCGCAACUGGAACAUCCUGGUGACAACAUCGCAAUGUCCGACGCAGCGGCCGCGCGCGGCACACCGCAGUCGAAGCGGACUACGCAGGACUCCGACGCGGACGUCAAGACCGACGAGGAGUGGCACCUGCGUAACGUGUCGCAGCAGUGCAGCCUGGAGUAUAGCUCGGAGAUGGACACGAUGACGCAGAUGACGAGCGAACGGAGCGAUCACAAUCUACCAGAGAUCUGCGAAAGCGCGGCGGAGACAGGAGGCACGCGGGACGAGCGUAUGAGAUGCCCGAGCGAGCUCGAAGACGUAGCGUCAGACGCGGAGUGCCUGUCGCGGGCAGAGCUAUCGGCGCGGUUGUACCUGUCUAACAGCAUGUAUUGCUUGUCAUCCGAGUACACGAGACCGUUGACGAGCAGCUACUGCAACUCGUUGAAUGACAUCGCGUCGUUAGCGAGCGCGGCGAGGCAUCGGUUACCAGUCGGCUACCCGAAGCAGCCAUCGCUGGUGGACGUGCGGAGCAGCGCCACCAGCUCGAAUCUCUGCGGACGGCUGCCGCAGUCGCGGGACUCUUUCGACCGCUCGGAGCGUUCGCUCUUCGAGAUCAACAGCCUGGCCAGUGAUCAGCAGCCCUCCGGCGACGCCCCGGAGACGCCUUAUACCUGUUCCCUGGCGAACAUCCACUGCGUCUCCGACAAGAGUCUGGAGGCGAACGACUCCGGUGCACAGGACCAGCCGCAGCAGCUGCCGCAUGUGGGUCACGCGGCCGCGCUGGUCGAGGGGAAGGACCUCCUCGGGAAGAAGUUCAGUUCCUUGGCCGACAUCGCAUCCUCGAUCGGCGGCCUGUACGAUAGCAACGACCUCGACUCGCCGAGCAGCGAGGCCAUGAACGCGCAUGAGCUCAUGAGGCCGAGCGAUGCCAGCGAGGUCUACCUGGACGACGAGCCGGUGAGCCAUCUGCCAGUUGUCAAAAAGGAAACGAGCGUGUAGCGUGCGCAACAGGUCGCCCCGUGGUCGUACGACACGGUAUACAUUGAUAUAUUUUCAAGCGUAAUUUCAUAGACUGCAUACAAACGAAGAGACUAGCGUUUUGCGACUUGCGCGUUCGCCGCUUACCUCUGCUCUCUGUUUCCUGCGGCAGUGUCGGCUGUUGGUUAAGAUCUUGGUCGUCUAAAGUAAUUCAACUUGGCGUCGGGAGAACCGCGAUUGACUGUUGCUUCGGUCCCGGUUGCUUUGAUUGUAUGCUAGUUAGUCGUUGAGUCUGGUUAGUCUGUUAGAGUCAAGAAGCUUUACUUCACUAAAAACGUUAUUGAUAAAAUUGAUUAAAUUUAGGCGAUGUUACGAACGUGUUAUCAUUGGAUUUAUUGUAUUGUAAAAACUAUGUAUAGGCUCUUACAUGUCCUUUAUGUUCUCGUUUGAUUUAUCAUAGAUAGAGCAUUUUCUUGACUCAUUAAUUUGAAUGCUCCAUAAUUACGUACAUAACGAUUCAUUUUAAUUAUUGAUUAUUUUAGCUGAUUAAGAUUUUAGUCGAUCAAUGACUGACACUGUCCUGUAUACAACGAGUCAUAAAUGCUUGGUCGUUUCUUAGAUUGAGAAUGUCUGCGAUUCUCAGUCUUGUGCUCGUAUGUGUAACAUAGAUGAAAAUCGCACGUUCAACGUCAUACCUGCUUGAUCUCGUUGUAAUUAACACCAACUUACAUGAUUUUCAACAUUUAAUUUUAAAUAUAUAUAAAUAUAAAUAUAUGAUCAGUUAAUUGAGAUAUAUAUAACAAAUUUUAUAUAUAUAUAUAUAUACAGAGUGUUUGAUAGCUGAUCAUGUAGACGAAAGUUGGAGAUAGAUUGGGUGUAGCCGAGAAGAAAAGUCAUGUACCAUAAUGUCAAAUUGGCAAUAGUUAUCGAGUUAUUAAUUAAAACAUGUGAGCCAACGAGCGCGUAGAGAGCGGAGGGCGACCGCAGUAAGCACAUAGACAUUUGAUAUAGGCGAAGUCAACGAGUGGUGGUAGGCGAGCGCGCGCGGCGAGAGGCAACGUAAACAACAAGAGACGAACGCGCACGACGAGGAGCGAGCGAGCGCGAACGACGAGGAGCGAGCGAGCGCGACGAAGAGCGAGCGAGCGCGACGAAGAGCGAGCGAGCGCUUGUUGGCUCACAUAUUUUAAUUAAUAA